UCUUUGUGCUGAAAUCAAAAAGGAAACGACGUGUUUUGGAGUUUGUUUCUUGUUAUUGUGUGCAUUUCUUUGGCGUUUCUCACUUUAAGAGUGUUUAUAAACCACUAAACCACCCUGCUUCAGUAAGCCAAUGAAUUAGCAGAAAUCUUAGACAUCAUAUUGUCACCAUAUAUUUAAGCAGUUGAACCAGGUAUUUUCGAUACACUCCAAGAAAAGCGUACUGUUCGUAAGGAAACAUGACCAUCUCAACCAGCUGUUUAGUUUAUGUGCUACUUGUCUUCAUUUCGCUGGCAUCUCAUGCUCGAGGUGCUAUAAGAAUUAUUAAGCCGUGGCCUGACAACGUCUACCCGAUCGAAGGAGAGAAUACUGCAGUCACUUGUGUAGCAUUUGACAAAAAUGAUGCCAGUAGUAGACCAGUUAUCAAGUUUGUCCAGACUCUAGAUUUAGGGGGGACAAAACAGAUCACUGAUGAGGGCCCAAAUGGACACACCUACUUUACAACCAAGAAAGCAAUGGAUGGCCGGAAAGUGUCCACCACGUUGCAUAUCAAGAAUGUCACCUUGAAUGACGACACAAAGAAUGGUGGGCGCUACCUGUGUGAAGCCUACAAUGCUAGUGGUGAUGAUCCCUGGGCUCUUGCCAAAGAUACUUUUGGAUUCAUGGUCACCGUGAUCGAGCGUUCUGAAAUCCCAACCAUCCAAGUCUCUGAGGGAGAGACUGUCAAGUUUGGAGAAUCCAUCAACUUGGGAUGUAACGUGACUAUGGGCUCUAAUAGCUUAUGGAACUCGAUAGACCACUCAGCUUGGAUCAAAGACGACAAGGUUAUCGAUGAAACCUUAUGUCCCGACAGAGACAAACUGGAUAAUUUGGUGAUAAAGAUUGAUAAACCUGAGAAGGCUGGCGUCUACACCUGUGUUCUUACGGCAAAACUUAGGAAUACCAGGCCUUACAAGAUCUAUGGCAACAUUACCAUUCAAGUAACACCGAGGUUCACAAAGGUACAAAUGACUGCAUUGGAAUUCGAGAGUGGAGGGCAAGCUGAAAUGCAGUGCUCAGCUGAGGGCAAUCCGAUAGACAUUAUUUGGAAGACUAAAACUGCUCAGACUGGCGGCAAAACGGAGGUGUUAAAUCAGACAGCCGUUGCAUCAAGGUUCACUUUCUCCAAAGCAUCUCCCUACUCAGGCUUUAACCUUUCCAUCGACCCUCUCGAGGACGAGGACCGAGGUCUCUAUUACUGCUGCAUCAGAAAUGACAACAGCUCGACCGAGGACACAAGCAGCUGUCAAGAGUUUGUGCUCGUUGAUCUUACAUUGACUGUUACCUCAAGGUCGAAACACUGCUCGAAACGUUUUGCUCCGAAUAGGUUCCGUUUGAGCCGAGACAGAAGAGACAAAAUGAAAAAAUUUGGCGCACUUCUUGUGCUCCUUUUAGUUUUCGUCAAGAAUACAGUCUCAACAUGUCCUGGUAGCAAGUAUGAAUGCCGCGACGGGACUUGUAUCGAUAGAAACGAGCAUUGCAAUGGCAAGAUUGAUUGCCCAGACGCAUCCGACGAGAAGGGAUGUGGGCUGCUCAUUGCAUGGCCUUACCCCCCUAAUGUUUGGGGCAUGGUCGGUGACUCAGUCCAAAUCCCCUGCACUGCUCGCAACGACGGUACUUAUCCGGCCGUUGUGAAAUUUAAGAGAAGAGACAGUUUGUACCAGUACGUGGAUAUCCCAAACACUGCGCGAGUGUAUCAGACGAACUCCACCGCAAAUAAGUCUAUUGGCCUUACGCGUACAACGGUGCUACACAUUCAUAACAUGACCGUCGAUGACGACAGCAACGUAUACCGCUACAUCUGUUCGGCGUCCACCCCUGGCGCCCAAGGGGAACAGCAACAAGGGUUCCAGGUCAUCGUGGUAAAAGAUGAAGACCUACCGAGAGCAGACGUAAAUUCCGUAAACGCAAAUUUCGGAGAGACUGUCAACCUAACGUGCAAGUUGACGUUUACUGGGACAACCGGACAGGUGUCAAUAACGUCCCUUCAUUGGAUGAGGGAUAACAAAGUCAUAGCUAACGGGACUGAUACAGGUAUCGGCCCAUACACCAUACGUUCUGUAAGCACUAAGGAUGGAGGGGACUACAAAUGCUUAGCCAAGGUUGAAAUCCGGUCAUCUAAAGAGUAUCAGACAUUGCUUGGGACAGCCAAACUUACUGUUUUUGUAAAGUUUUUUGGCGUCCAGUCGGAGAUCAUCGGUUCUGUUGGGGAAAGAGUCAUCCUAGAAUGUCCAGCAGAGGGUUACCCGCUAAAAAUCCAGUGGUCAAGAAAGACAGGUCCAAGCACUGAAACUAUGUUAAAGGACACAGCUGGAAAGUACUCCAUCACGCGACCUUGCGAGUACUGUCGAUACACUCUCACCAUUCUGGACCUGAGCCUGCAAGACUUUGGAGUGUACAUUUGUACAGCGGCUACUGGGAGCGCGGGGUCUGGGAGCCACAAUUUUGUCUUGUCGCUAUCGGAGUCUGGGCCAAGCACGCCUACAGCAGGUGGUAACUCCACUGAGCCGACAACCGAGUCGUCCGCCAGUACCGCUAGUCGAGUUACAUCGCUACUGCUGGUCUGCCUAUGUUUGAUUGGUUUGAUGUGAUUGGCGCAACCAAUGACUAUCCGCCAUUUGUAAGAAAGCGGGGAUUUGAUUGGUUGGCGGGAACGUAACGUAAACAGUGAAUGGACCAAUGAUCACAGACCCAUUGCAAUAAAGCUUGCAGGUGGCUUGGCAACGCGAUAAGCUCGCGGGUGAGUAUGGGUAAAAAUCAUGAAAGCCAUCAAUUCACGAGCAGCGUAUCAAACUAAAAAAAGUGCAAAUUUGCCACCAUUAUUGACGGGUUAACCAGUAGUGGUGGCGAAUUUGCGAUCGUGGCGGGUCAACCGUUCAUCCAUUAAAUUGACAACGCAUUCGUCCAGCUUCUGCUAGCAAAGUAAAAUAAGUCGAUAUAUUUGUUUUCUAUCCAAGACGUUCUGGGCAGUACCCUGGAUGUAAAAGCCUCGUCGGCAUUUGUUCGUCAAGCUUUUGGAUUCAAAUAAAAGUUGAGCGGCCUCGUCGGUAUCUGUUCGUCAAGCAUUCGGAAUCAAAUAAUGGCCGAGCGGCCUCGUCGGCAUUUGUCGUCAAGCUUUCGUAUUCAAAUAUAGGCCGAUAGGCCUCGUCGGUAUUUGUUCGUCAAGCUUUCGGGUUUUCGAAUUGCGUGAACCUCUGAAACCCUGGAUAGCCGGACAAUAGCGUCAUGAUUGAUUUAGUGGCCGAGCAUUAAUUGUUAUCUGACGGGGAGGUAAAAAAUCCUGCCCAUUAUUUUUUGCGGCUAGUUGGCUGGCUUGAUGUUUUUUUCUCUCAUGAAUGUCGCUGUGCAAUUUAGUCAAGGUUUGCUUGAAAAUGUUUGAAUAUUUUCUAGAGGUUUUUGCUUGCUCGAUUUUUUUUUGGGUUUUCGUUACUGACCCGUUAGAUAACAAAUGGUCGGUCCCAGACCUCACACUACCGUGAAUCGAUGUUAUGAUUUUACCCAUAAUAACCCGCGGUAUGGUCCCGUGCCACGAACCUGGCUGCAACAGCCUUCAUCGAUCUCCCACCAGUAGAAACACGCUGAUAAAAACACAUUGUCUAGAAUAACAUUAUUUUAAUAAAAAAAUGAUAUUGUUUAUUGAUGUA